CCCUGCAUCUCCUCUCUCUUGAUCAGACCCUUUCUUUCUCCCUCCACUGUGCUCAUCAUCUCCCUACUUCGUCUCAUCACUCCCCUCACAAUGUUCAGACCCGCAGUCGUCCGGCAAGCCGCAAAGGCACUCAGCCAAUCCACGCGCCCAACCCCAACCACCGCAUUCCUCCGCCCCCUCACCUCCACAGCUCCGCCCCGAAAGGACGCCCGCAAGAGCACGCAAGACCCCCUCCUGGCGGCCACCACCACGGCCCCGGGGGGCGCGCUGGAGGCGGAAGGCCAGUACGCGCGGACGGACGAGAAGGUCAAGAUCGAAUACCCGGACGACGAACACAUGCCCCGCUCGCCGGUCGUGCAGGGCCGCGGCGGGAUGCACUUCAAGCGAACGCUGGCCCACUUCUCACUGGAGAACAAGGUGACGCUGGUGACGGGGGGUGCGCGCGGGCUGGGGCUGGUCAUGGCGCAGGCGAUUGUCGCGUCGGGGUCGGAUCUCGCCAUUGUCGAUCUGAACAAGCAGGAGGCCGAAGAACAAGCGAAGAAGCUGGUGGAACAGUUCCAGAAAGAGAAUCCAGGAUUGGAGGCGGACCAAAUGCCCAACGUGACGGCGCACUACUCGGACGUCUCGGACCCGGAGUCCGUGAGCAGCGCCAUCGCCGAGGUGAUCGCGCAGCACGGUCAGAUCGACCACCUGGUGACCUCGGCGGGGUUCACGGAGAACUUCGACGCGAUCUCGUACCCGCACGACCGCAUGCAAAAGCUGUGGGGCGUCAACGUCGACGGCACCUACCUGUUCGCGACGGGGGUCGCCAAGCACCUGAUGGAGCGGCAGGUCGCGGGGAGCAUGGUGCUGAUCGGCAGCAUGUCCGGGGCGAUCGUGAACGUGCCCCAGCCCCAGGCGCCCUACAACGCCGCCAAGGCCGCCGUCCGCCACCUCGCCGCCUCCCUCGCCGUCGAAUGGGCCGGCCACGACAUCCGCGUCAACUGCAUCAGCCCGGGGUAUAUGCUGACAGCCCUCACGCGCAAGAUCCUCGACGAGAACCCCGACCUCCGCGACAAGUGGAUCUCCUUGAUCCCCGUCGGCAAGAUGGGCACCCCCGAGGACCUGAUGGGCGCCGUCACUUUCCUCCUCAGUGACGCUUCCCGGUACAUCACCGGCGCCGAUCUGCGGGUCGACGGGGGCUACACCUUGACCUAGCUUCAACCCCUUACACCCGAUCAUUAAUGUUGAUAUGUACCGGUACAAUGCCAAUCAAAACUG